CUCGUUCUCCUCUUGUGUGCGACGCCGCCGCUGCACACGGUGAACCUCUCGUUCUCCGGCCAAGGCGCUCCACAUCCAGGGUCCACUAGCUUUCUCCACCCCAUCCAUCUCCUCUCUGUUGCUUCUCCAUGGUCACGGCCUGGCGCUCGACGGUUGCGGCAAAGGAGCUGACGGUGCACGAGCGGCAGGAGCACGGAGCAUCGACAGCAGCAUGGAGAGCGACCUCUUAUUGGGAAGGUAUGGCGGCUUCCCAACCCAACAAACCAACGAUGAAGGAGGAUGGCGAAGAUGAGAUGUCGGGAUGGUGGGAGAAGGCUGCGAAGAAGCUUAGAGAGGAGGAUGCAGCCAAGCUAAAGAAGAAGAAGGAAGAGGAGCUUGAGAAGGAGAGGAAGCGAAAACAGACUGCGGCAAAUGCGAUGCAUGCUAGGGAGCAAGCGUUGAUGAGGAAAGUUGAGGAGGCACAGAAGAAGCGUCAACAGGAUUUUUAAGAAAGAACCAUGAUGCUUUGGGCAAUUGCAGCUGAAAAAGGAGAGAGGGACAAUCAGAUAUUCAUGGAG